CCUCUACUUAGUAUUAUUAACUCAUCUCUGACAUUAGGACAUGUGCCUAAAGCAUUUAAGGUGGCUGUUAUAAGGCCUUUUUUAAAAAAAACCAAACUCGACCCUAAAGAACUAGGGAAUUACAGGCCUAUAUCGAAUUUACCUUUUAUAUCUAAAGUUCUGGAAAAAGUAGUUUCAACUCAAUUAUGCUCCUUCCUCCAAAGGAAUGACAUUAAUGAUGAAUUCCAGUCUGGAUUUCGAGCAUGUCACAGUACAGAGACUGCUUUGAUCAGAGUUACAAAUGAUCUGCUUUUAGCGUCUGACCGUGGCUGUAUUUCGUUAUUGGUGCUGCUAGACCUCAGUGCUGCAUUUGACACCAUUGACCACAGCAUACUUCUACAUAGACUCGAAAAUUACGUCGGCAUUAACGGAAUAGCAUUGAAAUGGUUUAAGUCUUAUUUAUCCGACCGUUUUCAAUUUGUAGCAAUAAACAAUGAGGUGUCCCGCAAAUCACAAGUCCAGUACGGUGUACCACAGGGCUCAGUCUUGGGACCCCUGCUCUUCGCAUUAUACAUGCUACCUCUAGGAGAUAUAAUAAAGCGACACGGAAUUAGCUUUCACUGUUAUGCUGAUGAUACUCAACUUUAUAUUUCCUCGAUGCCUCAUGAAACCCAGCAGUUUCAUCGAAUAAAGGAUUGCAUAGUUGACUUAAAAAUGUGGAUGAGUAACAAUUUUUUACUACUAAACUCGGACAAAACAGAAGUGUUACUUACUGGACCGAAAACUGCUAUGCGUAACAACCAAGAAUACUGCUUAACUAUUGACGGAUGCUCCAUAAAAUCCUCGUCAUCAGCUAAGAAUCUUGGCGUUGUAUUCGACAGUACUCUCUCAUUUGAAAGCCAUGUCGCAAACACCUGUAAAAUUGCAUUUUUCCAUUUUAAGAAUAUAUCUAAAUUACGUCAUAUGCUGUCACUGUCAGAUGCAGAGAAAUUAAUUCAUGCAUUCAUGACAUCAAGACUAGAUUACUGUAAUGCGCUUCUAGGUGGUUGCCCUGCGGGCCUAUUACAAAAACUGCAACUGGUUCAAAACGCGGCAGCUCGAGUUCUUACACGUACAAAAAAGUUUGAGCAUAUAACCCCGGUUCUGUCAACCUUGCACUGGUUACCUAUAAAGCAUCGCAUUAACUUUAAGAUCUUGCUUAUUACCUAUAAAGCCCUACAUGGUCUAGCGCCGCAGUAUUUGAAUGAACUUCUAUUGUAUUACAGACCUCCACGUACAUUACGCUCUAAGGGGUCCUGUCAGUUGGUAAUACCUAGAAUUUCAAAAUCAAGUGCAGGUGGUAGAUCAUUUUCUUAUCUAGCGCCUAAACUUUGGAAUAUUCUUCCCUGCACGGUCCGGGAGGCAGACACACUCUGUCAGUUUAAAUCUAGACUAAAGACUCAUCUUUUUAAUCUUGCAUACACUACACCUCCAUAAUAUUAAUCCUCAGAGGAUUUAGGCUGCAUUAUUUAGAUCAACCGGAACCAGGAACACAUCCAACAACAAAUGAUGUACUUGUUGCAUCAAAGAGUGCAGAACAGUACUCUACUCUCAGCCAGUCUUGUCUCUUUGUUCCAAGGUUACCGCAGGAUGCAGUUCAUGCCCAGACCUGAUGGCAGAGCUGAGAAUGGGAAGCGGUGACCUGACAAGUGCUAAGAGGACAGAGCAGGAUAAAGGA